AUGUCGUGGUUCCGCUCCGCCCUUAAUCGGGCGGCGGAGGCGGCGGGGGCUGGCGGGAGAUCGGUUGCGCCGAAUUUCGAUCGCGUGAAGGCGUAUGCGGGACACGUGGUGCAGCGCGCGGGAGAUGCGGUUGCCGGCGGAGCGAAGAUGGUCCUGGAACGCGCUGUGCCGGGGCGCAAUCUCAACAACUUCCGCCACGCCGUGCGCCGAUUGGACGAGGUCUCGCUCCUCGCGCGCGGGAGUGAGCGGCGGGACGCGCUCGCGCGCUGGCUGGCUGCGCUGAAGGAGCUCUCCGACAGCGACCACGCGGACGGGAUAGCCUACGCGGCGGAGUUGGCGCAGGGCGCGCAGGCGGACGGCGCACAGGGGGAGGGCGCGCAGGGGGAAGACGUGCCCGCGCACAUUCCGGGAGUGGACGCGCCCCCAGAGGCGACUCCUAGGGCAAGAGCAGCGGAAGAUGCUCCUAGUGUUGGAUCGGUGCUGUUCCACGAUGCAGCCAACCCCGGCGUGCCGCUCACCUUCAGAGACGUCUUCCUGUGCAGCAAGGCCCUCGAGAACAUCGUCGUCUCCUUUAUUAUGGACCCACCAUCCCCAGGGGAGGAGCAGAUGCUGGCAGACAUGUUCGAUCUGUGUCUGUCAGGCGACCAUCAGCUGCACUCGUCGCUCCUCAACGCCAUCACGCAGCUCUCCAACUCCUUCUCCUCCUACUCCGAAGUCAAGAUGAGCCGGCAGGAGCUGCUGCGAAUGGCGUCUGAUGCAGUGGCAGGGCUGAAGCUCGAUGCGCAGCUGCAGAGGCUAGAGGCGGAGGAGGAGAGGAUAAAGCAGCUCAUGGACGAGAAGAUGGAAUUCCUCUUUCUCAGCUCCCUCUCCCGCCAUCCGUCUGCCCUUCCCAUCCCCCCCAUUCCCCUCGGUCGUGCUCAAGGGGAUGGGACAGCAACAGAGAGCUUGCAGAUACCUCAAAAGUACUCUGUGGACGUGCAGGCAACAGAGGCGGUGUUCUCGCUGGCAGCAGCGCUGGCGUCCGUGGUGCGGCGUAAGGAGCAGCUGCGUCACCGCGGGGACAGCGCUGCUGCCCGCAUGAUGAAGGUGGAGCGCACGAGGGAGCUGGCAGCCGAGCUGGCGAAUUUCAUGGACGACUUUGAGGCCAAGAUCGCAGAGUGCAGGCAGCAGCGGCAGGAGGCAGUGACGUACCGCACGAGCAAGGAGGAGGAGGUGAUGGAGGUGGAGAAGGGCAUCACAGACGAGCUGCAGGCGCUGCACCAGCGGCGCAGGGAGAUUGAGGAGCAGCUGAAGGAGGUGGACGAUGCGAUAGCAGCAACAACGCGGAGGCACAUCCAGAUGCAGGAGGAGAAGGAGCAGUUUGACCUCGCCAGCCAUGGGCUGCUGGGCUCGCUGGAGGCUGAGGAGGAGCAUCUGAACACGAUGCAGCAGCAACACCAGCAGGACGCCAAGACGCUCUUUGGCUGGAUGGGCUUCCUGGAAGAUUCCUGGAAGAUGCAGCUUCUCUACAUGGAGAGCAAGGAGCAGACCUUUAAGCAAUCCCUGGCAGACCUGUCGGCGCGUCUGAGGGCCAUAGCUGCUCCGCACCUGCUCGUGUGCAUGGCCAACAUGAGGGCGUCGCUCACAGCACUACAAGCAGCGGCCUCUGCUCUCUCAGCCAUUGACGCCACCCCGAGUGAGGACGAAGGGGGUGCAAAACUGCUGCCAGCGACUGGUGGCGAGCGCAUGAGAGCAGAAGAGAAGUACCUACAAGCAGAAACACAGAUGAAGCGAGCAGUGGCGAUGGCAGAUAAAGCACGGGCUGAGUGGGAGCAUCUGAACUCCUUACCCCUGUUCCCAGAGGGCAGUGACGACCCCAACCACAGGCAGCUAGCACAAGCUCUGCAAGACAUGGAAACCAUGAAGCUAGAGCUCCUAGGCUUGCCCACUCCCACUCUCCUUUACCACUCCCACCACACCCACCACCAUCACCACCAACAACAGCAGCACUUCAACAGAUCACGUGACCAGCAGCAGUCCUCCUCGCCCUCCUCUUUCUCCCCCUCUGUUUCGCUCCCUCCCGCCUACCGCCGCUCCUCUCCGUCCUCCCAUUGGCCCGGGGCUGCCAUGGCUGCUGGUAUGCGUUCCUUCAAUCUCGGAGCUUCUCUUUCUAAUCCUCUCACAGGGAGUCUCAGCAGUCCCAGCUCCAGUUCCCGCUCUCCCCGAACCUCCGAUUUUGGCCGGUCUGCCUCUGCUUCGUCCGACGGCCUGGGAAGGACAGGUUCGGACCGAACCGGCCAUCAAAUGCCGCGGCACGAGAGUCUUUUUGGUUCCAUGCUUGGUUCGGUGGGCGGUGACCAUCAGCAGGAUCGGCCGAAGCUGAGCCAGCGAAUGGCUGCAGCAGCAGCAAGAGCUGCUGCGGUGGCAGCAUCGGCGGCAGGGAAUCUGAGCAGCAGUGCUGCUGCUGCCGCUGCAGGUGUGGGCGUUGGGGUUGGUGGUGGUAGUGGUGGUGGUGGUGGGGGGUUUGGCGGAGAGGGGGAUGGCCGGGUUAGUGUUGUUCAGGAGGACGAGUAG